GACAGACACGUCUACUUAAGUUUAAGCUCCGCUGUCCAAAAUUCACUCUCUCGUUUCUAUACAGAUUCAGAAAGAAAUAAAGGAAGAAGAAGCAAUGGCCACUCUUACAGUGCCCACGACAGUUCCUUCAGUGUCUGAAGAUUGUGAACAACUAAGAAAAGCCUUUUCAGGAUGGGGAACUAAUGAGGGCUUAAUCAUAGAUAUAUUGGGUCACAGAAAUGCCGAGCAACGAAACUUGAUUCGAAAAACCUACGCUGAAACCUAUGGAGAGGAUCUCCUCAAGGCACUAGACAAGGAGCUCUCGAAUGACUUUGAGAGGCUGGUUCUGCUUUGGGCUCUUGAUCCUGCUGAACGUGAUGCCCUUUUGGCUAAUGAAGCCACCAAAAGGUGGACUUCAAGCAAUCAGGUCCUUAUGGAAAUAGCCUGCACAAGGUCUGCCAACCAACUGCUUCACGCAAGGCAGGCUUAUCAUGCUCGUUAUAAGAAGUCGCUUGAAGAGGAUGUUGCUCAUCACACGACUGGCGACUUCCGUAAGCUCCUCCUACCUCUAGUGAGUUCAUACAGAUAUGAGGGAGAGGAGGUGAACAUGACUCUGGCGAAAACAGAGGCGAAGUUGCUUCAUGAGAAAAUUUCAGACAAAGCUUACAGUGAUGACGAUGUCAUAAGGGUUUUGGCUACAAGAAGCAAGGCACAGAUCAAUGCAACUCUGAAUCACUACAAGAAUGAAUAUGGAAAUGACAUAAACAAGGACUUGAAGGCUGAUCCUAAGGAUGAGUUCCUUGCACUACUAAGGUCCACAGUGAAGUGCUUGGUCUAUCCGGAAAAGUAUUUUGAGAAGGUUCUUCGCCUAGCAAUCAAUAGACGAGGAACGGAUGAAGGAGCUCUUACUAGAGUUGUUUGCACUAGGGCUGAGGUUGAUCUAAAGAUCAUAGCAGAUGAGUACCAGCGAAGGAACAGUGUCCCACUGACUCGUGCCAUUGUCAAGGACACUCAUGGAGACUAUGAAAAAUUGCUGCUGGUACUUGCAGGACAUGUGGAGAAUUGAAUCUGAUAUCAUGAGACAAUUUCCUGGUGAAUAAAUGUUUAUGACCAAACUAUAAUGGUCUAGUGUGGUUACGAGGUUUUCCUGUUUUUCUAUGUACUAAUGCGAGUUAUAUGUUAUCCAAGAAUUCGAAGUCUACUUAAAACCAUAUACAAGAGGCUUUUUUUUA